AUGCGAACCCCAGAACGGGCUGCUAAAGCCAUUAUGUUUUUCACCAAGGGCUAUAAAGAGAAGAUUGAAGAUGUUCUUAAUGACGCUGUCUUUGAUGAAGACCAUGACGAAAUGGUAAUAGUAAAAGACAUUGAGAUGUUUUCUCUUUGUGAACACCAUUUGGUACCUUUCAUGGGAAAAGUAUCUAUUGGUUAUUUACCAAAUAAACGGAUUCUAGGACUUAGCAAACUAGCCAGAAUUGUAGAGAUUUAUAGCAGAAGACUUCAAGAUGUCAAUAGUGAUAAUCCUCCUCCCCUGCCUUAUUCACUAACCCCACCUGUCACACUCAUUUUUCUUUACUUUUCGCGCCCUCAACCAGCCUCUAUUCAACCCGGACAGGAAACGUUAAAUACUUUCUUUCUUUCUCCUCCCUUUUUCUUUCUUCCUUCCUUUUUUUUUUUCUUUCUUUCUUUCUUUCUUUCUUUCUUUCUUUCUUUCUUUCUUUCACUGAAACCAAAUAGAGACGUUAAACACGUAUUUCUUUCUUUCUUACUUUCUUUCUUUCUUUCUUUCUUUCUUUCUUUCUUUCUUUCUUUCUUUCUUUCUUAUUUCCUUUCUUUCUUCCUUCCUUCCUUUCUUUUUUCGUUCUUUCUUUAG